AUGACCGGACGGACGGACGAGAACAAGGCGCGCCUAGCCUCACGCACUCCGGACUCGACCCUGUCAACGACGUCCUCCCCGAUUUCACCCCUGAACUCUCAACGAUCGACGCCCGGCGAGCGACCGGGUCAGCGCAUAAUGCCUCGGACUUCUUCGAUCGAUUCCGCUAUCUCGUCUCUCUCGUCCGCGUCCCAAUCCCAUAAGUCUUCGUUCGAUGUAAGCGCGUUAAGCCAAACAGACAUUGGAAACCUAAUAACUACUGCCGGUUCGGCCGAGGCGGUGAUCAAACACCUUUUGAAAGAGAAGCACCAUGCGGCUUCUCAAAAUUCUCAGCUUUGGAGACUGGUUGACAAGCAACGCACCCUCAUUCUAGGGCUUAAUAAAGACCUGGACCGUGCGUUGAAAGAUAAGGAACGUUACAAGAAAAAGGUUAAGGACCUGCAGAACUCAGCGCCACCCGUGCCAUCGGUGGAAGCACAAACAAAACAUGAUAGAUCCACCAAAGGCAAAGAAGGGCCAGGUAUUCAGGCAGGUGCCCGGCAGCCACAGGCAUCGAAUUACGAUGCUCCGACCAGGGGAAUUGAUUCAGAUUCAAAAAUUUCCUCCACGGAUCUGUACCAUACCAAAGCGAAGGAACAACUGCAACCCGACUUCGUUGGAUCUCGCAGCUUGGCGGAUCGCAACCAAGACCCGUCGACCAAUAACUACCCCGGAGAACUCGAUCGGCACGGAGAGUCGCAGACAACCCCGUCGCUAGUGUUCGCGCGACAAGAGUUGUCGACAGCGAGUCCAAGUCUGGAAAGUCCCAACACUACUGCCAAUGACCCAGUACCCGGCGAACGAUCACAGCAGAGGCUCUCUCACCCGGUCCGAAAGGCACCCCCGGCGCCAUUGAACCUUGGCCUACCAGAGCACCGUCCGGUGGAUCGCAUGGAUGUUUCCGACUCCGAAUCUGAAUACGAGGAUAUAUUGGCGGUUGACGAGCAGUCGUUUGAGCGGGGACGAAGGAAAACGAGGGAUGACGAUGAUCGUGAGCGCCAGGCGGCCGUGCAAAAUGAUCAAAGUACAUUCGAAUUUCCCGCGGCGAAAGAAAAAGCCCAGGCUACAUCAGCAUUCGAAACCCUAACAGGUAAUUCAGUCGAUGCAAGAAUGAUGGACUCCCACCAAUAUUCGCCGCAAGCUGCACCACGAUCGGAACCGCUUGAGAUAGAUCCUCAUAUGGCCCAUAUGUCACCACCAGGCUCUCAUGCGGCCAUGAUGGCUGCCAAAAGCCCUGGCUUACCAAUGAGCCCCAGGCCAGAGGAUCGUCCUCUCGGCUCACCGUUACCGAGGAUGCCCGGUCCUUUGGCUACCAUGCCCACAUCAUCCGGGGGUACUGUCUCUGGUCUAGCUCUGUCCCCUCGAGCUGCUCAAUAUAACAACCCUAUCACCUCGGCUUCACUUUCUUCUGACUCCGGGAAACGCGCUGUACCAUCUAUCGAUGCCGCAGUUCGAAUUGACAGCCCUAGGUCGCCAGCCUUCAAGAAUCAAGAGAUUCAUCAAGGUCUGGUCUCAGAAGACUAUCCGAACCUUCUGCUGUCCCCCAAUGCUCUUCCUUUGGUUCAGGUAAAAGUGUCAUCAUCGCGGCUGCGGCCCUCUAGAAACAGCUACAACAUGUCCAAACCCUCCGAAGAGGAGCCUGUCUUUACACUGGGCGUUUUCUCACGCUCAGACAAUGCGGAACUCUGGCGAGUCGAAAAAGUUAUUGCAGCUCUCCCACAGCUCGAUCAACAGGUUAAGCAGCUGUCGGCUUUUAGUGCGAAGUUGCCCGACCGCUCCAUCUUCAACGGGCAUUCCCCCGCCAAGGUGGACACGCGGCGUGCUGCUUUGAACUCUUACUUCGAAGCCCUUCUCGAUACGCCCAUGGAUGAGAAUGCAGCGUUGACUUUGUGCCAAUUUCUUACCACUGACGCCAUUGAACCUCGGGAUGACGAAACCAGCCUCUUGAAGGGCAAGCAACAGGCUGGCUCUGAAAUGCUGCGUGGUCCGGAUGGGAAGCCCAGGAAAGAAGGUUAUCUGACCAAACGAGGCAAAAACUUUGGCGGUUGGAAGGCACGGUAUUUCGUUCUCCAUGGUCCUGAGCUUAAGUAUUUUGAAUCGCCAGGUGGUCCUCACCUCGGAACUAUCAAAAUCUAUAAUGCUCAAAUUGGAAAGCAGUCACAGAGCGCAAAUGGACAAAACAGCUCCCCUUCGCGAGCGGAGGAAGAUGUCGACAAUCAGUAUCGUCAUGCUUUUCUUGUCCUGGAGCCCAAGAAGAAGGACUCUUCUGCGCUCGUCAGGCAUGUUUUGUGCGCUGAGAGCGAUGAAGAAAGAGACGCUUGGGUCGAAGCGCUCCUGGAAUACGUUGAGAGUCAGUCGGAAAGUGAAGGAUCCAAUCACGGAUCUUCAAAGGGACAAACGCCGAUUACCAGCAAGCAACCAGUUAGCAACUCUACCAUCACACCUAAUAUAUCAUCCAACGGAAGCAAGAAAGGGAACAGGGGCAUUGAUACGGCUGGCGCAGAAAGCCCCGAUACGGUUCAGGGGUUUAGCUACGACGACGCUGUUCCCGCCGAGCCUCCAAUCUUUGGACCAGCCUCUGAACAGAGUCCUGUAUCCCCCCUGCUUGCUCCUGGGGGCUUAGCAGAUUCUGGGGAUGCAAACCAGGCGGCGAACCCUUCGCCGGACCCCAAUCAACUCUCGUCGCGUCUCAUCUCCGGCCCCACUAAUGGUGCAGUGAUCCAGGAUGCUGGGGCCUGGGGAAACAAGGCAGCCAAUAGUGCCAAAGAGAAAAAACGAAGCAUCUGGAGCUUCCGUACCAGAUCAUCGAUUGACCUUGCCUCGCAGCUUCAUGCAGUCCACGAUCUCCCAACACAGCAGCCUCAUGGGCAUAGUUUAGGAGAUAGAAGGGAGUUCGUGAGGCCGGUAUUCGGAAUCCCUCUGGCCGAAGCUGUUCAAUUUUGUGCACCACAGGGCGUGGCCGUCAAUCUACCGGCUGUCGUCUAUCGUUGCAUAGAGUAUCUCAAGGCCAAGGAUGCAGCAUCGGAGGAAGGAAUAUUUCGGUUGAGCGGUUCAAAUGUUGUUGUUAAGGCUCUCAAAGAGCGGUUCAACACUGAAGGCGAUGUUGAUUUCUUGGCCGAUGAUCAGUAUUACGACGUCCAUGCCGUUGCAUCCCUUUUCAAGCAGUACCUGCGGGAGCUCCCUACAACGGUUCUCACCCGCGAGCUUCAUUUAGAAUUCCUUCGAGUGCUUGAACUUGAUGAGAAGCAGAAAAAGCUCGUGGCAUUCAACUCGCUCGUUCACAGGCUCCCGAAAGCGAACCUGACCCUGUUACGAGCACUGGUCCAAUUUCUGAUCAAUAUCGUGAAUAAUUCGGAUGUCAAUAAAAUGACAGUCAGGAACGUCGGCAUCGUUUUUGCUCCAACGCUCAACAUUCCGGCACCUGUCUUUUCAAUGUUCCUCACUAACUUCGAAGAUAUAUUCGAAGAUCCCCCAAGCUCCGGUUCGACCACAGCGGAAUUCAAUGCCAGUCACUCUAUCUCCCCGGGAGACGUCCGUUCGCCGCGCCGACAGAUGUUCCCCGACAUUUCAACGCCAGGUUAUGGCCAGACAGCCUUCCGUAAAGAAGAAUCUCUUGAUGAUUUCAAUACGCAUCAAGACACUGGUUUCGUUUCCAUUCAGCCGAGAUACGAAAACUCUAGCCACAAACAAGUCCUCGCUAAUGGAGACGAAAUGUAUUCCCCGUCUAUGUUAACACCGGCAAAUGAGUCUUCUCGAUCUGCUAAGGCUAAAAGAAGAGAGAGUUCCAUGCUCUUUAUGGAACUUAACCAUCAAAGCAACUCCCCUCCGCCAUAUUAA